GCCAGGCAUUCCCUUGACUGCUCCUGCCUUCCACCCACACGUACAGAUCUUACAAGGAGGGACAGCCAGCCUCAGAGCCCUUGUUUUACACACACAUACUCACACACUUGGUAUUCAGAGAGUUUGACAGCAUGUUCACACAUAGAUAGAAGAACACACGUGCCUGGAUUCUUAUACAUACAAAGUCUGGAGUGUAGUUGUUUUAAUUGCAUGCACAUACUGAAGGAACUGCAUACCAAUGUGCAUAUUAGAUAUUUAAAUACACUUUGCUGCACUGUCCUGUACUGGCCUGUAAGACUGCUCAGUUAUUUAGAACCUCUCUGGACACAAACCCUGGAGCCGGCUAUUCCACGAUUAGUGUUUCGGUUGGUCUGCCACCCCAGCUCUAUUUAAACUCGAAGGACGAAAGCAAACCUGUUGCAAAUACCUGAAGACCAACAAGAACUCUGAAUUCUCAGCACCCAGCAUUUCAAGUGAGGUAUGGGGAGCCUGGAGCCAGGACUGAACACGACUGCCUUACACCCAAGCAGAACUGGCUUUCAAGAAAGCUCCCUCGCCCUGGAGAAACAGGACCACGAGCCCAAAGGCGGUGCUGGCUGGGAGCUGGUGGACAGGACGUCAAUCCGGGACCCAACCCACACCCCUGAGCGUGGCCCGCCUAGCGUCUACCUCUCCUGCUUUGACAUGCUCUUCACGGAGGACAGCGGCUGGACGCUGAAGGUCCCAGAAGGAGCACACGUCACCCCCAUGCGGCUCGAGCAACGCAAGGAGCCUGAGCAGUGCCCGCUCAUCGACAGCCAGGGCCUCUGCCUCAGCCCGGAGAUGGACUACCAGAUAGAGGACCGCUCCCUGGAGCAGGUCCAGACGAUGGUGGUGGGAGAGGUUCUGAAAGACAUCGAGAUGGCCUGCAAACUGCUCAACAUCCCUCCAGAUCCCAUGGACUGGACCCCCGGCAAUGUGCAGAAGUGGGUUCUGUGGACGGAGCACCUGUACCGCCUGCCUCAGGUGGGAAAGUCUUUCCAGGAGCUCAGCGGUAAGAACCUGUGUGCAAUGACGGAGGAGGAGUUCCGGCACAGAUCACCGCUGUGGGGGGAUGUGCUCUAUGCACACCUUGACAUCUGGAAGUCAGCUGCUUGGAUGAAGGAAAGAAGCUCCCCAGAGGUCAACAAAUUCAUUGGAAGCGACGAGGUGUGGUCGGUGACGGAGGCGGACUCUUCCAGUUCGGGCCAGCCAAUCCACUUGUGGCAGUUCCUGAAGGAGCUGCUGCUGAAGCCACACAAGUACGGACGCUGCAUCAGCUGGCUGAACAAGGAGAAAGGUAUCUUCAAGAUCGAAGACUCCGCUCACGUGGCACGGCUGUGGGGCAUCAGAAAGAACCGGCCCGCCAUGAACUAUGACAAGCUGAGCCGAUCCAUCCGGCAAUACUACAAGAAGGGUAUCAUUCGCAAGCCCGACGUCUCCCAGAGACUGGUCUACCAGUUCGUCCAGCCAGUGUGAACAGGGGAAGGUGGAGACAGGGGAGGGACAGUCCUAGACCAGAAGGAACCACUCAAACUAAGCCCUGAGACACUGGUGGGGGCUCAAGCACUGCUUUUUGAGACUGGUUAAACUGGUGUCCUGCUAUGAAGUGACGGCUGGACUGACCAAGAAGCUCUGAAGUUGUUCAACAAAAUUCAAAAAUAAAAAUUGAAAAACUGAAGUAAAACUUUCUAAAAGCUGGAAGAAUGGUGGAGGACAUUUUAAGUCUAUUUUAAAUAUAACCUAAUAACGUUAUUGUUAUUAUUAUUAUUACUAUGGUUAUUGUUGUUAUUUUUAUUGCUCUGGAAAUGAAGUCUCGAGUCUCAUGUUAAAUGGAGACGCGCUUCUAUGAAAGAAGAGAUGUGAAGGAAUGUAGAAUGAACUCGUCACUGCCCAUCCUAAGCUGCGUUGCUGUUAGCGUAUCCUGUCUGCUUCUGUGCUUAAUAUAUUGUUUUAUAUUCUAUUAAGAGAACUCGUAAAAGGUUUGGGGACUGAUAGACACUGAUACAGUGUGGUUAAGGCACACAGCUAUACUGCACUAUGCAAGAUUCCAUGCAAAACUAAGCCACAAUGCUAUCAAUCUCCCUGAUACCACAGCUCACGACACCUCCCUUGGAGCUUUCCCUAAAUAACCCUGGGUCUGUCCCACUGCCAAUAUUGCCAUCUGUGCCAACCUUUGAAAAGGUAGCUAUGCCCCCAAACUCACUGAUCUUCCAAACAAGGCCUCCAGACAUGAAGUCCUAGCGCCCCCUAGCUUCAGAAAGUCAUACUACACUGCAGCACAUACAUCUGUGGUAGCGUCCAACCUGCUGCAUCGUGAGAGGGAGCUGGGCUGUCUCUACUGUGCUCAGCUAUAGAGGUAGCGCUGGCUUCAUCCCAAGUACAACACCGGAAUUCAUUUCAUGCACUUUAUUCAGACGAAAGCAAACUUACAGUACUGUUUUCAAAGUCAGUUUUUUAAAGCAUAAAAAAGUUUUUACUGGCUAGGGUUUUUAAAAAGCUUCAUGGACUUUCUAAUUUCAGUAUGAGAGUGUGGUUCUUGGUCAAGCUUACCUGGGAUGUUGGGUAUGGUUUGCUUGUUAAAUCCUCGCUUAUCACACCUUUAAGUGCACUUAAAAGCCUUUUUAAUUUGGCUGUAUUCAUAAAACAUUGCAAUACCUACAAGCACCACUUUCAAAUAAACCAACCAAAACAUGCCAUGCUGCAGAUAUGCUCCAUUCAGUUACCGUUUGCUAUUUAAAAUGAGGAAUGUCUUCUCUGGCAUUAGUAAAAUGCUGCUAUAUUGAGUAGAUAAGAUUCAUUCAUUAAAACAUGUGUGAAAUAAUAUCCACACUUCCCUUUUCUAGCAUCCAUUUGAAAUCCAGUUUGAAUAUGAAAACGAUUCUGAAGGAACUGGUUUUGCAUCAACACUUAUAACUUAUCAAGCACUCUUGUUUCAGAGGUCAAAUAGUUACAUUUAGGCCCUGUCUUAUUUUAGUGCCUUCUAAAAAUAUCCCAUGUUUCUUUUCGGCUUUGUUUUUAGAAUCUCUAUGUAUGUAUAAUAAUACUGCCUUACCCUGGUGCCUGCCUGUUGCAGUUACCAUGGAAACACAACACGGCCCAUAUCCCGCACAGCAGCCUGUCUUUCUUAGAUGUCUUCUUUACUUACUGUAAUGUCAUUUUAAUUGUUUUUGUGUAAAAAUAUUGUUUGAAAUGUUUAAAACUCUGCCCCCUUUUUUUCACUUCUGCCAAAUAAUUAUGUUUUAUAUAUUUCGUUCUGUAUUUUUUCCUAACUUGGUGUUGUAGGUUUUAUUUGUUUAAAAAACAAACAAACAAACAAAAAAGCAUGUUAGCAAAAAAAUAAAUAAAUAAAUAAA